AUGUUGUUAAACGGACAAGAUCCGGCUGCUUUUAAAGCAGAAACGGAAGGCCGACUUAGUACUUAUUACCAAGUUGAUAGCGAAAGGCAGGCUUUCAUUCAUAAUAUGCUCAACAAAAUCGAGGCAGAUGCUAAGAAGAUUAAUGAACUUGAACUUGAUCUAGACGAUCAAAGGAAAUCUCGAGCUGAUUAUCAGUACAAGGCUCGUACUCUAGAGAGUGAAGUGCAGAGGAUAGCACAUCAACUUAAUAAGGAUUCGUUUGUUGUCGUGCUAAUUGAUGGCGACGGGGCUAAAUUUCAGGACGAAUUCUUGCGUGAUCCUAGUGGCGGUGCCGAAAGGGCUGCUUUAAAGCUCAAGCAUGCCGUUCGAGAGAAUCUUAGAGAUUCAGGAGUCUCGCAAGAUGAUAUUCCUAUUCUUGUCCGGGCCUAUGCUAAUCUCAAUGACUUAUCUAAGUCGUUACGCCUUUCGAGAAUUAUUGAAUAUGAUGAAGAUAUGCGCUUGUUCGCCGAACGCUUCACCAACAGCCGUGCGGACUUUGACUUCGUUAACGUCGGCAAGGGCAAAGAGAAUGCUGACUCUAAGAUAAGACGUAUGCUUAAUCACUACUACAGAAAUGUGCAGUGCAAGAAGAUAUUCCUUGCUGGGUGCUGCCACGAUAAUGGUUAUCUACAUGAUCUUCGUGACUAUACAGGAGAUACCGAAGAGAGAUUGGUGCUUUUGGAGACUACGCCCGCAGAGCCGGCUUUUAGGUCCCUUGGCUUUCCUAUCGUACGUUUUGAUGAUGUUUUCCGGUCAGAGCCAUUAGGCAAUGAAACAAAGCAUAUCUUUUCAAACAUCACUGCUCCGCCAGGAUUUCGCUCGCCCAUUCAGCCGUCUGCUGCGCCCGGUCCAAUUGCUCGGCCUACACAGCCUAUGCAGAGAUCGGCCACGACGGCCGUGUCGCCUGCUGCGCAAGAACAAAGACAAUCAUCUACCCCUAUUCCGACUACCUCUACACCAGUUUCUGUUAGUACCCCGUCGCCAAUACAGCGCACUUCUUCUCCUGAGCAGCAGGGAACUGCCCCGCCACGUGCGUCAAGUGUCAUCAGCUCCGGAAAUGGCGGCACUUCGAUCAGUUAUGCCACUGCGGGCGGAGUCAACGACCAUCAAAAUGUCACUGUUAAAGCACCCAAGCCUAAGAAACAACCAAGGGUUAUAUUUUACAACUCAGAUAAUUAUCGUCUUGACUCGCCAACCCAGCAUCCACCCAGAACCCCGGCGCAGUCAUCUUACCAAGCUAAGUUUCAGGCCAUUAAGCCCUCGGUUUUCUGCAACGACCAUUACCUUAAGGGCCGCUGCAAAUGGGGUAUUAGCUGCGAUAAGACGCACGACGCUGAGUUAACCGGGCCGGAACUCGCUAUCCACCGUUACAAAGCUCGAACCAGCCUGUGUCCUGCUGGUCCUUACUGCGUCGACUACGACUGCUAUCUUUCCCACCAUUGCCCUCGUAUCCCGUGCACCAGGGGAGAUAUGUGCCCUUUCUCCCAUACCGAGAAGUGGGGAGAUUUGCAUCUAACUAAAGAGCAGCUUCAGCCCUCGUAA